CAGUGGUUCUUAUUUCUUUUCACAAAGAUUUUCUUUCACAACUCUGCCGACUGAGGAUGCAAAUUUCUCUCCAAUGAAUCCUCUACAGCCUGUGUUUUGCCUCGUGCUUUGGGGUCUUUGCAUAGCUGAAAGGGGAAACUUUGUCCUGGUGUGUGAGAGAAGGCGGCGCGUUUUCGUGGCCGGAGUGAGCUCCUCUCUGCCUGCCCCUCCGUCUUACAGCAGCAACAACGCCCGGGUCAUCACGAUGAAGAGGAGACAGAAGCGUGUCCUGCAGAUGGCCUUUUUAUUCACCGUGACGCUCAUUUUCUUGCCCAACGUGGGUCUGUGGUCACUGUACAGGGAGAAACACUUGAUGAAGUCGCCUGAGGCUGGAGAGCAGGGGCUCCCAUUGAGUUUGGGUGAUGGGCAUGUUUACAGCUGGACAGACGGUUUAAGAAGGAGAGACUGGCAUGACAAUGAGAGCAUCAGGAGAGAUGAACUGCGUGUUGGGAAAGGAGAGCAUGGGAAGCCAUAUCCACUUGCGGAGGAUGAGUGUGAUGACUCAGUGUACAAAGAGAAUGGUUUUAACAUCUACGUCAGCAACAACGUUGCUUUGGAUCGCUCCCUGCCUGACAUCAGACAUCCAAAUUGUAAGCAGAAGCUGUAUCUGGAAAACCUCCCCAAUACCAGUAUCAUUAUCCCUUUCCAUAACGAGGGUUGGAGCUCUCUCCUGCGUACCAUCCACAGCAUUGUAAACCGCACACCAGACCAUCUAAUUGCUGAGAUCAUUUUGGUGGACGAUUACAGUGACCGAGAGCACCUGGGGGCUCGUCUGGAGGACUACAUGUCCAAGUUUCCGAAAGUGCGUAUUGUGCGCACUAAGAAGCGCGAGGGGCUGAUCCGCACGCGCUUGCUGGGAGCCUCCGUGGCUAAAGGAGAAGUUCUCACCUUCCUGGACUCCCACUGCGAAACCAACGUCAACUGGCUACCACCUUUGCUCGACCAAAUAGCCCAGAACCCCCGAACCAUUGUGUGUCCCAUGAUUGACGUCAUUGACCAUAAUCACUUUGGAUACGAGGCUCAGGCUGGGGACGCUAUGCGAGGGGCCUUUGACUGGGAGAUGUACUACAAACGCAUUCCCAUCCCACCCGAGCUCCAAGGGGCAGACCCCAGCAACCCAUACGAGUCUCCAGUGAUGGCUGGAGGUUUGUUUGCUGUGAAGCGGCAGUGGUUCUGGGAGCUAGGAGGCUAUGACACAGGCCUGGAGAUCUGGGGAGGAGAGCAGUAUGAAAUAUCUUUCAAGGUGUGGAUGUGUGGGGGCAGUAUGUACGAUGUGCCAUGCUCCAGAGUGGGCCACAUCUACAGGAAGUAUGUGCCAUACAAAGUGCCCUCAGGGACCAGCCUAGCUAGAAAUCUGAAGCGAGUGGCAGAGACAUGGAUGGAUGAGUAUGCUGAAUAUAUCUACCAGCGCCGGCCCGAGUACCGCCACCUCUCCACAGGAGACCUGACUGCUCAGAAAGAGCUGCGCAAGCACCUCAAGUGUAAAGACUUCAAAUGGUACAUGAACACGGUGGCCUGGGACCUGCCCAAGUACUACCCUCCUGUGGAGCCCCUGCCUGCUGCAUGGGGAGAGAUCCACAACGCUGCGUCAGGUUUAUGCAUCGACUCCAAACACGGCUCGACAGGCACUGAGCUCCGUCUAGACACCUGCCUGAAAGAGGGAGCUGAGAGAACCUGGGCGCAUGAACAGAUCUUCACCUUUGGCUGGAGGGAGGACAUCAGACCAGGUGAUCCUUUACACACCAGGAAGUUCUGCUUCGACGCCAUCUCUCAGAGCAGUCCUGUCACACUCUAUGACUGCCACGGCAUGAGGGGUAACCAGCACUGGAGCUACCGCAAGGAUAAGUCUCUUUACCACCUGGUGAGCAACGGUUGCAUCGACUGUAGCCCUGCCGAUAAGCGGAUUUUCAUGAACAAGUGCAAUCCCCAGUCCGAGACGCAGCAGUGGCUGUUCCAGAGAGUCAACGCCACCAUCCUGGACAAAUUCAACAGCGCCACCAGCUCCUAGGACCCUGAGGCGCAGCCAGCCUGGGGACUGGCUCAUAUCGAUGCUUAGCAUGGGGGUAGAUGUACUUAGUGUCCGAGUGUGGCCCCCUACCCCUCCAACGACCCACCGCCCACAAGAUGCUGGAGUAGAUGAGGGAGGGAAGGCUCGUUAGAAGGGGAACUGGGACAGAGCUGAGCCUGGGAGACACACGGCUGAUGGCAUACGUCCACACGGACACCCUGCAGGUCCAGGAGAACUUGUGCACAGUCAACCGGUUCUGGAGACCAAGUUCCUUGGCCUUGGUCAUAUCUAACACACUGAAAUACAGAGCAACGUCUGGGUAGCAAGUUUAGUGAACGAACGUUACUACUCGCGCUCUCGAUAUCGCAUGGUGGAUUUGUACUUUACAGGAGACUUGAAAGUGACUUGCUUUUUUAGUACUGCCAUUUCUUUUUGAGGACAUUUGUUUAAACGGUAUAUUUAUUUCUAUUUAUUUGGUAGUAUCUUUGAAAGGAUAAGUUAUUAUGUGAGUAAUCUACUUUGUUUCACCAUCUCUUAUCAAGGGUAAGUCUAAAACUCGGAUUUGCCCUGUGGAAAUAAUGAAUUGUUUUACUUUUUUUUCCCCCACCAUAGCCACAUACCCCCCCUCCCUCUAUGGUUUCUCCCAUCUAAAUUUUAAAUAAAGCAGAAAAAUGAGUAAGAAAUGGUGUGUGUAGUCCAGUUAUAGACUCAUAUUGGCAGAUUUAGACAGAGGCAUUUUUUGUCCUUUACCAGUAUAUAGCAAAAUGUCUGCUUGUAUUUAUAUAGUGCUUUGUUUAAAAAGUAAGGAUUUGGCUCCCUCUGCUGGUUAACUGCGUACAGUACAGAAUUAUUCAGUGUUACAGUGGUAGAGCAGGUGUGCAACUCACAAUACAAACAAUUGUUAAAAGUGAGUUUCUUUUUUAUUCAUUAUUCAUGCAAAACAAACUAGUAGAGAUACACUAUACUUAGUAGAGCAUUGUGUGGGUAUGUUAAUUAUGAGUUAGGCUUCAAAUAAUUAAACAAGUUAAAGUGAAACAUUCCCAAACAGAGUCAAGAAGCAUGAUAUGAUAGACAUGUUUUACAUUUUAAUAAUAGACAAACUUCUAACAGACAUCUACUGACAGUCAUGAAAGCUGCUACGGUUUUCUGCAUGGAUCGCAUGUAUUAUAUUUAAGUGUUUGUUGUGGAACCACGGAUGCACCCUGGACAUUGUUCUUUUUGGAACAACAACAUAAACAGGAUAAACUACGGUAUAUUCCUUUAGGUGCACACCUGGGGGCGCUCACCACCAAGACCUGACUAGCCUGCUCAUGCUACAGUAAUUCCAAAGGUGGGUCGUUACAUUCACUCAGUUCCAAAUAAACUUGUAUUUAAAAGGUAAAGUUUUUGGAUUUGUACUUUCCUGAGUGUUUUUUUGGGUUUAAUUUCAUUCUGUUGUAUUGGUUCAGCUCUUUACUGUUGCUCACUCCUCUUACUUUGGAGCUGUAUCAUUUCAUUUUAGAAAAAUAAAUCAAAAGGAUCUAAAAAGAGAAAUACAGGAUAUAACACAGUUAUUUUAAUUAAAGCUACAUUGUACUUAAGUGGGUUUUUGAGCUGCUCCUUUUGAACAUCACUUACGUUGUUUUUUGGAAAGGUGCUUUUACUUGUUGUUAUUUCACAUAAGUAGCAAUAUCAGAAUAAGG